CACGCCUGGCUCUUGCGCACUGCGGUUCCCGUUCCCCUCCAUCGAUUCGUCUCAUUUCCAGUACUCCGGGGCGGCUCAACUUGUCCUGCACAUGGCGUCGGCGGCGAUCCUCCGGUCCGUCGCCCGCUCGCUCCGGCUCCGGCAGCCCCUGGAGCAGCGGUGCCUGAUGGAGCGAAGAUUCCUGAGCAGCUCCGUGCACAAAGAGAGAUAUCCCUCCUCAGGUACUCAUUCAAGAGAAGCUAUGGAACUGAAAAGUCGUGUCAGCGGGAAGGAAGAUGUGUAUGAACGAUUAUUAGUGAAGAUCGAUAAGGUUUCCGAGGGAUUGGAUGAGCACCUUCGUCUUCUUAAGCAGCUUGAGGUUCAGAUGAAGGAAAACAAAAAUGGCGGAGUGAUAGAUCUCACACCAUGGAUCCUGUCAGUACCUGCUUCUUUGAUACUGUUUGCCCUUUACAAUUAUGUACAAGGAUGACUGUCUUUGAAGGGUUAAUGUCAGGAGGGCGUUAAUGUGUGAUGCAAAACUCUGUUUCUAUGUUGACCUGUAUGAACUUUAUGUUUCUUUUAGUAGAAGUAGGGUGAUGCAGUGCCUCAGAUGUUUGAUGGCAUAAAACAAUUUGUGAUCUGCGCCUGCCCCCACUAUAUACUAAAUGCUUGUUAUUUUCACAUUGUGCUGAUUGCUGAACGUGAUCAGGAUUCAUUGGAAAGUUUAAUUGGCCACACACCAAAAUUCGGUAUGGAUUUAUGGCCU